AAUAUAUAUUAUUACGUUCUGGUAAAGCUGUACUGUGUUUAAUUUACUUCCUGAUAAACGUUGUCGGUUUAUAUAUAUAUAUAUAUUGCGACCUAAAAUGAGGUCCAAGAAGAUGGGAUUGACCCUCUUGUUAGGCUGCUAAAUUAAUUUGAAUGUAGUUGGCUAAUAACGUCGCUAACAUUGCAGGCGUGUAGAUGUACACACAUCUAGUUGGAUGAAGAAAGCGCCAUUCAAUGUCAGUGGGCGGAACAGCUAGCUAGUAAUGGCAAUUUCUUCUUUUUUUAUGGCUAAAUUGAGCCAGAUUAGCUAGCUAUCCCAGGGCUCCUCCUUUUUGCUCCAGCAGAAACGCCGAAUUAUGAUCCUGUCUGCUGAUGUUUGGAUUUCGUUGUGGACUUUGUGCCAACCAUUUCAAGGCCUGAGCCACUGCACCAGCCUUAUUUUUUUGUCUUCAAGACGUCUAUUUUCUGCAUACCCAGAAUGACACAGAUUGGAUUAAACACAGAGGACUGAUCCAAAGAGGUGUGUCGCGAGCAGGUAAAACCGAGAGCCUGGGGCAAAGAAGAAAGACGAGACAAGGAAUGAUGACUUACAACAACAGAGAACUGGUGGUAUACUAUAUCACCUAUAAACUAUCACAGAGGGACUACCCCUUCAACCACAUGGAGCUCACAGAAGCCCAGAAUCGGACUGAGGGGGGGCAGGUGGAAGGGGGUGCGGCAGUCAUGACAUACGUCAACGGGACGAGUCCCGGUACUCCUCCACCACGGCAGUCGCCCCCCUCCUCCCCUCGGCGGACAGCGGGCCUGGACGCAGUGAAAGAGGCAUUGCGGGACUCUGCCAACGAGUUUGAGCUGCGUUAUGCCAGAGCUUUCAGUGACCUGUCCUCCCAGCUACACAUCACGCCGUCCACAGCCUAUCAGAGCUUUGAGAACGUGAUGGACGAGGUGUUCCGGGACGGUGUCAACUGGGGACGGGUGGUGGGCCUGUUUGCUUUCGGAGGGGCCCUCUGUGUAGAAUGUGUGGACAAGGAGAUGAACCCCUUGGUGGGAAGGAUCACAGACUGGAUGACCGUCUAUCUGGACAACCACAUCCAGCCCUGGAUCCAGAGCCAAGGAGGAUGGGACCGGUUUGCAGAGAUCUUUGGGAUGGACGCUGCAGCCGAGAGCAGGAAGUCUCAGGAGAGCUUUAAGAAGUGGUUUCUGGCGGGGAUGACCCUGGUCACAGGAGUCGUCGUAGGGUCACUCUUCGCUCAGAAACGCCUGUGAGAACAACAGCCACAACAGACGCCGUCUUGUACGGGUGGAGGGGGGUGGAAUGAAGGAAUUAGUUUAACUUUUCUUAUUUCUCCUUUUUAAUUUCCAAGAAAACACAUGAUUAUGUUUGAACCUUCCAUCCCACCAUACACUGAGGACUCUGAUAAACUGUUGAGAUUAAAGACAGCGUGACGGUCACUUAUGUUACCCUCAAAGACCUGCAACACCCUAAAACACAGGAAAAGGGAGGGAGGUAUGUAGAACUGUCUUGGGCCAAACCUUCCUUUUCCCUUUUUGUUUACUCUUUCCUGUUGACCUUUUCUCCAAUUGCUGUAUUAAUUCUUUUUACACUUUUUUUACAAAUGUAAAAGUGAUUCAGAAACAAGCUAGCGCAUCAUAUUAGGCGCAUUGGCCUAAAAUGAGUGAGGUAAUUUAAUUUGUCGUGUGUGUUCAUUGGUUUGUUUUUAUUUUGAUUUAUUUUUUAACCAUUAAAACCCACGUGAUCAUUUCCUGUUGUGAUGGUGGUCAAAUACCUGGCACACAGAACACAUCGUGCACAACAAACCACUAGCCAGUGACAGAGUAUUUAUCUAGCAGCUGGAGAUAGAGGCUCAGUUGGAGAGAAUGUUCAGUGUUUAAAACUUACAAAACAACCUUGUGAUCAUUUUAGCUAAUGAGAUUGAAGAUGAAUGAAGCAGAACCCUUAUUUAGUGAGAUUACAGAUCAUUGAGACUUCUGACGUUCAUAUAGAUAGAUCUAAGACAUGAGAAAAUGUUGUCAGGCCGACUUCCAGGUCGGACCCUUUCAACCUGCCACCUCUGUCUGCCUUAGUUUUCACACUUGGCACAUUCAUUUCUGAUCUCCUUCCUGUCACAGCAGCUGAUGGCGUGCGUCACUCAACACCCAACCUGCUGUUCAGAGCACAUCUGUCAAACCUGGUCGACAGAGACUGAGGAAAACGAUUCUUUGGUUUCCAAACGUCUUUAAUUUAAACACAGCGUCAGUAAGUCAGGAGGGUGCUUGUAGUCUGGCGUUUUCAUAGUGUUACACUCUGUGCGCUGGCAGUUAGCUUCAUUCAGGAGGAAGUAGGAGGAUGAGAAGGAGGGUGUGAGGAGAGACGGGUGCAACCCCCCCCCCACCCCCCCCCCCCACCCACAUCCUGACCCUCUGCUUCAGGGAACGGAGCCCUAGGGAAGUAGGGCUCCUCUUGUGUGACAGGUAGACGGUUGAAAACCCAGCCUUUGAGACUGCAGCGGUGUCCUGCGUUUCAAAACUGGAAUGAGGUCUCUCUCACUUGCUGUGGUUUUUCCACAUUUGAGUUGAACAGUGUAGCAGACCUGUGUUAAACUUUAGAGACGUGUCAACGUUUAUAUGCUUCAUUUUAUGUCAAAGCCCUGUUUAUAGUUUAUUUACCUUUUCUAUGCAUUCCCUCUUUAAUAUUGUUGCUUUUAAAUCUUAUAUUUUUUGCCUGCUUUUCUCAAUUGCAGAUUUAAUAACUUGGGUUUCAUCAGGAAACAUUUAUCUGACUGCUCAUACAGUACCGGGCCCUCCAGGGUAUUUAGUUACAGUACCGGGCCCUCCAGGGUAUUUAGUUACAGUACCGGGCCCUCCAGGGUAUUUAGUUACAGUACCGGCCCUCCAGGGUAUUUAGUUACAGUACCGGCCCUCCAGGGUAUUUAGUUACAGUACCGGGCCCUCCAGGGUAUUUAGUUACAGUACCGGCCCUCCAGGGUAUUUAGUUACAGUACCAGUACUGGGCCCCCAGGGUAUUUAGUUACAGUGCCGGGCCCCCCAGGGUAUUUAGUUAGCAACAGUUUGUUCAGGUCCACCCUGCUUAGGAUCUUGAUGCUCUCCUAAUUAUUUUCUGUUUGAUAUCUCAAGAACACCAUAUUAUUUGAUUCUCUGGGGACAAGGUUUUCUCUUUACUUAUGAAUAUACUAUAGAUCAGGGCUCUGCUCCUGGAGAGCUACCGUCCUGUAGGUUUUACACUCCAACCCUAAUGUAGCACACCUGAAUUGAAUUAUCUGGUUGAUAAGCUGAAUCAGGUUAGUUACAGCUGGGGUUGGAGUGAACCUGCAGGAUGGUUGCUCUCCAGGCAAAUAGCUGGCCACGUUGCUCCAAACAACAUUUCAAAGUGUAUCGUUCCAUUUCUCCAAAUGUCAAAUGUUGAAGUUAAGGGUUCAGUUUAGGGAUUCAUUCUGAAUGGUUAAGGUAAGUGUUAAGGUUUGGGAUAUUGUCCACAACUGGGAUCGAACACACAGCCUUCUGAUCCAGAGUCGGCCAUUCACAACACCCUGGCAAAACCCAAGUCUACUUGAUGGUAAUAGUGUUCACUGUUGCCCCUAGUGGCCGGUUUUGAAGGCAUUUCCCAACAUUUUAGGACGUGGAUAGACGUCCAAUUUCGACACCAAACUUAAACGCCCUGGCUGCUCCAGGAACAGGGUGGGAGAGCCCUGCUAUAGAUGAAUAUCUGCCAAGUGAUCAUGAACCAUUUCAUCACACAUUCCAAGACAGUAAUAUAUUUUUCUAGUGUUGUGCCCCACAAAACGCUAGACUGGAUGCCAGUCUGUAAUCCACUAGCCAGGGUGCCAGUCUGUAAUCCACUAGCCAGGGUGCCAGUCUGUAAUCUACUAGCCAGGGUGCCAGUCUAUAAUCCACUAGCCAGGGUGCCAGUCUGUAAUCCACUAGCCAGGGUGCCAGUCUGUUACUGCUCUCUUGCCGACUCUUUAUAGAAUUGUCAGAGCAUGUUUGUCUUGACCAGGCUAACAAAAAGCUGCUUGCAGGCUUUUCCUGCAAUGUGACCUUUGUCACAAGAAGUUCCCUCCGUGUGUGUGCAUUCAUGUUGUAUGGAAAAUGUUUUGCUGGAGGCAUAAGAAUGAAUUGAAACCGCAUUGACACUAUGUACUAGUUAUUUAAACCAUCAUUAGAAUAGUAUCAUGGUUACUAACAUUUAAAAAACAAAACAAUUUGCUUGACUUUGAAAUGUUAUUUAUGAUAUUUGGUGUAGUGUCCCUUCAAAUUGCCUUAUUAAAUUCCAUAUUUGCAUUGAUGUGUACUUUGUAUUUCAUUGUUAAUGUUUAGCAUUUGAACUGCUAAUAGAAUAUUGAUCGGGUAAAGGAGGAAAACAACGGCGUGUCUCAUGGUCUGUUCUAUGUCUUAGAUUACAUACAACUGAAUAAAAGACCAAUGUGGAACAUGGA